UGGAGGAAUUUUUUCGAUUAAAAGUUAAUAUGAAAUGAUAACAAGCAGGCUGAUUUAUAUUAACCGACGGAAUGUUCCUAUAAUCAGAUUUUAUGACACGCGAAAAAUAAAAAAAAAAAUUGAUCAAACAUUGUCUGCAUGUAGCGAGGGUUUUUUGAUUGAUAAAUUUAAUAUUCUUUAACAAGAAAUAUAUGUGCGUGUAAGUGGUAUGGUGAUGGCUUUACAGUGGUGUUAAACAGUGUAUUUAUUUUUUAGACAUGAUAUAUGGAUAUGAGUGUACAUGGUGUACAGACAUUUAAAUAAAUAGAUAAAAUAGACUUUGUAGUCAACGGAAUUUUCGUACACUUUUUAUCUGAGAAAAAAUGGAUGUGCCACUAACAGACAAUAUUAAUGCAGGUUUUCUAGGUAGUUUCUUAUCAAACAAUCUGAAAACCAAUCAGUUGGAAGUCAACACCGAUGCACAGACAUCACGAUCUAUUGCACGACUAAAAGAACCCCGCGACCUUUUCGCAUUGCCUAAAGACAAGGAUAAUGAAUGUUCACAGCAGACCGCCAGAUGGCCAACAGAGUGUCAGGUACUGGAGGAUCGGAUUUAUCACAUAGAAUAUGUACCGCAAACACCCGAACCAUACUAUCAACCCACCGGUCGAGAACUUCAACCACGACCGGUUGGCGAAGAGAAUGGUGUAGUUGUUUAUACGUACAAUCCAAUAAGUGCUGUUAAUUAUACAAUAGUUAACGACUCCGAUUCGAAUGAUGACGAUAUCGAAAGCGUAUCGUCAGACAGUCCAUCCCCGACACCCGAACGCGAAAAACCACCGAAUUUAGAAUAUUUAAAUUCCGAUUCGGAGGACGAAGAUGAGAUCACUUCGACCGAUAAUGUCAAAUACAAAGAUGUAUCGAUUCCAUUCGCCCAUGAUAUCCUAUCCCAACAUCCAAUACCAGCACAGUGUUUAGUGGACUUUUCCGAUCUAAAAAUUGACGAUAAUGAUAAUGAUUUAAACACUCAGUUUAGUCGAUCUAGUGUUGGCGGAUCCAAAUAUUUGAUGAACGUUCAUCCGAAUCCAUUGGAAAUAAAUGAUUUGGUCUUUGAAUCGAGAUUCGAAUCUGGAAAUCUGGCCAAAGCUGUAAAAAUUACGCCAGUUUACUAUGAGUUGUAUUUACGAUACGACAUGUAUACAAAUCGACACAGUCAGUGGUUUUAUUUUCGUGUUACAAACACGCGAAAAGGAGCACCCUAUAGAUUAUCCAUAGUUAAUUUAGUAAAAUCCGGAAGUCUUUACAACGAAGGAAUGAAACCGUUAAUGUAUUCAACUAUUGAUGCAAAAAAUUCAUCAAUUGGAUGGCGACGCUGUGGUGAAAAUAUAUCGUAUUUUAAGAAUGAAGAUGUCAACGUAACACACGAUGACGAUGAUGAAUAUGAUGGAUUUUAUACUCUCACGUUCAAUAUUGAAUUUCCACAUGACAACGAUACUGUUUACUUUGCGCACAGUUAUCCAUAUACUUACAGCGACUUGCAGGAUUACCUAAUGGAAAUUCAACGAAAUCCAGAAAAAUCCAAAUUUUGUAAGCUACGGCUGCUUUGUAGAUCUCUUGCGGGCAAUAACGUUUACUAUUUGACUGUUACUGCUCCAACUGAUGAAGAAACCGCCAAAAAAAAACGAGCCAUCGUUGUAAGCUCUCGUGUCCAUCCCGGCGAAACACCAGCCUCUUGGAUGAUGAAAGGUUUAAUGGACUUUAUCACUAGCGAUUCAUUUGUGGCAAAGAAACUUCGUCACAAAUUUAUCUUCAAAUUGAUACCAAUGCUCAAUCCCGACGGUGUCAUUGUCGGCAACACGCGCAGCUCUCUAACCGGUAAAGAUUUGAAUCGACAAUAUCGUACCGUGAUUCGGGAAACAUAUCCAUCAAUUUGGUACACCAAAACAAUGAUAAAAAGACUGACAGACGAUUGUGGCGUUAUGAUGUAUUGCGAUAUGCAUGCUCAUUCCCGAAAUCAUAACAUUUUUAUAUAUGGCUGUGAAAAUCGACGGACACCGGAGAAGAAGCUGACUGAACAAGUAUUUCCGUUGAUGUUACAUAAAAACGUUGCGGAUAAGUUCUCAUUCGAAAACUGCAAAUUUAAGGUACAGAGAAAUAAGGAAGGAACCGGCCGUAUAGUUGUCUGGAUGCUAGGUGUGACAAAUAGUUAUACAAUGGAGGCUUCAUUUGGCGGAUCUACCAUCGGAAGCCGAAAUUUAACUCAUUUUUCAACAGCGGACUACGAGCAUAUUGGUCGAGCGUUUUGUGAAACAUUGAUGGACUAUUCAGAUGAAAAUCCGAUCAAAGAAAAAUUGCGAGCAAAGAUCAUUAACCGACUUAAUCAAGAAGGAUCGAAUGCUGAUGAACCGCUCAACAUUCCAUUGUCAGAUUAUUCCAGUGAUGAAGGUGAUACAAGCAGCAGUUCAGAGAAUGAGGGUAAAAUCAGCGACCGUGAAGGACCCUGCUGCCAACCGUUAAAGGUGCCACCAUCAUCACCAAUUGGUAUACCGAAGUAUCAGUUUCAUGACAAGAAGCCCAAGAAAACGAAAACCAAACAGACCAAGAAAGAUGAAUCGUUGAAGAAAAAUCGCAAAUGUUUACGUUCAACCAUCGAUCUGGCUAAGGCCGCACUUGACUACGAAAUAAUCAGUUACUAUUCAACGGAUGAAGAAAACUUGGACGGUAUCGAUAAUGUGUCAAAGCCGCAGCGUCAACAUCACCGAAGUGAACUGAAACGGUCCGUGCACAUUCUAACACCGAAAGUUAUGCCACCCGAACUGAUAAUAACACCAGCCCAGAAAAGUGGCGACGAAGCCGUUCGAGAAUAUAAGGACGAAAAGAGCCAAGUCGUUAUAUCGGAAUUACCACCGAUUGGACGAAUUCAGCAGAGCAACUCAUGGCACAAUUUCAAAAAAUGUGUGCCUACGAUGAAAGUGUCCAAUAUGAAUCACCCGAGUUACUUUGAGACCGCCGAAAAUUUACAAUUAAAAUUGUCGUUGAAGAAGCAAAUUUGGACAGGCAUUGAAAAUCAUCACUCUGAACGACUCAAACCAUUGUCCUGGGGAGCCGCACCGAUGAUCAGAAAAAAGACCCAUUUGGUUGAUGCUCAACAGGAUCUGUUAAUAUCAUGUUCCGAAAAACUACUGGAGUGGCAACUGAAAUGCGAAAAGAAUGGGAAUGAAAAAGCGAAAAGUCUAUCCAGUUGUUUGAAGACGAAAAAAAUGACAAAAACUGCCACUAAGCCAGAGAAACCCGAACCACCCGAAACGUGCUACGAACGCAUCCGAUUUAAGAAGAAAAAAAAUCAAAUGACGAAAAUUGCCGAGACAACACAUAUCAUCGCAAGUCUGGGUAGAGGAACGAAAAGUUCGAAUUUGAGGAAAACUUUAAACAUUCCUGAUUUAACAACAACUGCAACGAAGCAGACAAACAAAUUCAAGACCGGCGGAAUCGUUGCGACGGCUGUUGUUCAGCCGAAUAAGAAGCCGCGAAAGGAUAAACAUCCAAAAGUGAUCAUGCCUAAUAUAAGAAAAUCGAAAUCAGACACCGAAAUGGAUGUUUCAAAUGUUAAAGAUUUUGUUAAGAAAGUCCGCACGAAAAUUAAGAAAUCGUCCAAGACUGACAAGAACUAAAAUUAAACGGAAAAUUAUAUCUCGGUUUAUGUUGAUGUUAAUGUUUCGGAUUUUUAAAUAUAAAUUCG